AUGGCUGACAACUCCGCAAACAAACAAAUUGUGCUCAUCACGGGCGGCAACCAGGGCAUCGGCUUCGAAAUCGUUAAGAAGCUUGUCGCAGAGCAGCCAACCUACCAUGUGCUCCUCGGCUGUCGCGCUCUAUCAAAGGGAGAAGAAGCCAUAUCAAGACUCGAGAAGCUCGCCGGCUCAGUUUCCCCCAUCGAAGUAGACGUCUCUUCAAACGACUCAAUCGCAGCCUGUGUGGCGCAAAUCGACCGCCAACAUGGGAAACUCGACGUGCUAAUCAACAAUGCUGGCAUUGGAAGACAUGCAGUGGAGGACCUACCGAGCCUCAGGGCCAAGAUGGCGGCGCUAUUUGAUGUCAAUGUGUUUGGUGUCAUGGAGAUGACAGACGCAGCUAUCCCGCUUUUGAAGAAGGCCGCUGACCAGGGCUCGGUGCCGCGAAUUGUCUUCAUCACUUCAGAGAUGGGUUCGCUGGGGAACACGCUCAAUCCCUCGUGGAAGUAUCAUAAGAGCAAUACAUCCAUCCCGUACAAAUCUAGCAAAGCCGCUGCCAACAUGAUUGGGGCGUGCUAUUCGACAUUGUUUCAGGAUGAGGGCUGGAAGAUCAACUGCUGCUGUCCUGGGUUUCGUAAAACCGCAUUUAACCACCACAUGGCUAAUGCUAUGGACGUGGAGGAGGGCGCUGUGAGGGCUGUCGAGUUGGCGACUCUCGAUAAAGAUGGCCCGACGGGGACGUUUAGCAACAUUGAUGGAACCGAGCCGUGGUGA